AGUGAAAAAUAAGAAAAAUUAAAAAGUUAAAAAAGUGACAUAAAAUGUAAAUUGCAAAGCAGAAAUCUUUAUUGGAAAUUUUUUAACAUCCUUAAAAAAGUUUAAAAGGGGUGCUUGAUAAAAAUAUAGAGUGGAAAAAAAAUUUGUGAAAGUAAAAAUCUUGGUGAAUUUCUCUGGCUGGUUCAGGGAAACAGAAAAAUAUUAUUAAUUCUCUGUGUUGCUUUCCUUAUGUGAAAGGUGGCAAAUUUUGGAAAUAAAUUCAUUAAUAAACAACAACAACAAGGAUACAAGGAAGAGUAUCUCGAGCAAGGAGAAAUAUUUCGUGUGAUAACAAAACAAGAGGGCGGCACAAAAUAUGUUGAAAAUUUGCAUUAUAUGGUUUUGGGUGAAUGUGUGUCAAGUGCAUGGUAUAAUAGAUAGACUGGUGGUGCAAACGACAAGCGGUCCAAUACGUGGCUCAUCUACAUCCGUUGAGGGACAUGAGGUGCACAUAUUUUAUGGAAUUCCAUUUGCAAAACCUCCAAUUGAUAGUUUAAGGUUUCGAAAGCCUGUACCGAGUGAACCAUGGCAUGGGGUAUACGAUGCAACACGAUUACCGCCUUCAUGCAUUCAAGAAAGAUAUGAAUACUUUCCUGGAUUUGCUGGUGAAGAGAUGUGGAAUCCAAAUACAAAUGUAUCAGAAGACUGCUUGUAUUUAAAUAUUUGGGCACCAGCAAAAGCUCGUCUUCGACAUGUCCAUGAAAAUGGAAAGCAUGGGAAUGGAAACCAUCAUGAAAAUUUAAAUGAUCAUCGCGAUCAUGAUAAUAAUGAGGGUGGAUUGCCGAUGCUUAUUUGGAUUUAUGGCGGUGGAUAUAUGAGUGGAACAUCAACACUUGAUAUUUACAAUGCCAAGACGCUUGCGGCUGUAGGAAAUGUUAUUGUAGCAUCAAUGAACUAUCGUGUUGGUGCAUUUGGAUUUCUUUACUUGGCACCAUUUCUACCAGGUCAUGAGGACGAAGCCCCAGGCAAUCAAGGAAUGUGGGACCAAGCAUUGGCAAUAAGGUGGCUUAAAGAUAAUGCACGUGCAUUUGGUGGUGAUCCGUCAAUGAUUACGUUAUUCGGUGAAAGCGCAGGAGGCGGUAGUGUCAGUUUACAUCUUUUGUCGCCUGUUACACGAGGACUAGUGACACGUGGAAUUCUUCAGUCAGGAACAUUAAAUGCUCCAUGGAGCCACAUGACUGCAGAGGCGGCAGCACAAAUUGGAGAGUUGUUGGUUGAUGAUUGUAAUUGCAAUGCGUCAAGUUUAAAGGAUUCGCCACGUGCUGUAUUAAAUUGCAUGCGCUCAGUUGACGCAAAGUCAAUUUCAGUACAACAAUGGAACUCUUAUUCAGGCAUUCUUGGAUUUCCUUCAGCACCAACCAUUGACGGGGACUUUAUGCCAUCAGAUCCAACAACUAUGCUUGCAACAGCUAAUUUAGAGAACAUUGACAUAUUAGUUGGAAGUAAUCGAGAUGAAGGCACAUAUUUCCUCCUAUAUGAUUUUAUCGAUUAUUUCGAUCGUUCUUUGCCAACACAGCUAUCGAGGGAAAAAUUUCUAGACAUCAUGAAUACAAUAUUUACUAAGGCAUCGCAGCCAGAGCGUGAAGCUAUCAUUUUUCAGUACACAAGUUAUGAAACAGCAAACGAUGAUUAUCAAAAUCAACAGCAGGUGGCUAAGGCGGUUGCUGAUCACUUUUUCAUCUGUCCGACAAAUGAAUUUGCAAUUGGACUUGCCGAUCGUGGUGCAAAUGUUUACUAUUACUAUUUUACACAUCGAACGAGCACUUCACUGUGGGGAGAGUGGAUGGGUGUCAUGCAUGCUGAUGAAGUAGAAUACAUAUUUGGUCAUCCACUGAAUACUACGUUACAAUAUCGACAACGUGAACGUGAUCUUAGUCGAAUGAUGGUACAAUCUGUUAGUAAAUUUGCUAGAACUGGAAAUCCUUCACUCGACGGCAUUCAUUGGCCACAAUACAAGGCAGACAAUCCAAUCUAUUUCAUAUUCAACGCCGAAGGAGAAGAAGACAUGAGAGCAAACAAAUAUGGUAGAGGACCAGCCGCAACGUCAUGUGCAUUUUGGAAUGAUUUCCUUCCACGACUCAGAAACUGGCUAGUGCCGACAUCAGUGCCGUGUGAUCGAGAUGGUGGACGUUCAGAGGGUCGUGCAUCAAGUGGUCUGAUACUUGAUGUUAGUCGAGUACUUUUAAUGAUAACAGCAUUUCUACUGAUAUCACUGAAUCGAGUUUUAUAAGUCGAAUGAAUGAAUGAUGAUGAUGCUGAUGAUGACAAUGUUUAUCUCGUAUAAACAGACAAACAAAAUAAACAACGCUUAUAAUAUUGCAUUUUAGACUGGAU